AUGUGGGCAAUUCCGCAUCCCGAGUGGACCCAGCAUGGGAUAGCGUACCUUCAGCAGAACCCUAUCUUCCGCCGCAAACUCCACAGCGAUUCUACAGCUGAUGUGAACAAGAAGAAGCGCCACAAGGACAACAACAAGGAGUCAAAGAUCGCACUUUUCGGGGUGCUUGCCGGUGAAGGCAUCUUUGAUUCUGUUGGUGAAGAUGCCGGAGUUGAUGUCGAUGAUGAACUUCGAAAGGCCUGCCAAGAGCACCCUAAUGCAUUUGCAAAGUCCACUCAGCAGCAAUGGGCAAGGAUUCUGUGCAGGCUUAAGUCCAAGUAUACCAGCUAUGUCAAGUGGUUGAAAGAGACAGGAGGUGGAGUAGAGGACUCUGACGAGUAUAAGAACAUUCUUGCUAAAAUUCAUGCAGAAUGGCCCUUUUGGGAUGAUCUGCAUCUCUGGUGGAAGGAGCUGCCGAAUUACAACCCUAUUGAGAUCUUGAACUCGACAGCCAGCUCCAGCCAUGCAGCAAAUGCUGCUGCUAUUUUCGAUGCGCAGCUCACAGCAACUGAUGCAGAUGACAGACUGGAUAUGGGCAGCAGCUUCGAUGACACUAACGAAGCUUCUUCCACACCUUCUAGAUGGUCGCUGUCUCCACCUCCUUCUACGAGGUGCUCUUCAUCGAUUGUUGCAAAGGCUACUCAAGGCACACAGAAUGCUCCACUACCACCAACCAAGAGCAAAGAAGGAAAGAAGACCAAAUAUGGUGGCUUACUGGCUUCCAGUGCGAAGCAAGGCUUUAAUGCCAUUGCUAACUUGGGGGCAGAGGCUGAGUGUAUAGACAAGCGCCAUGCAGACAGAGACAAGUUGCGUGCUUGGGAGCUCGAUAUCAAGCUUGAGUGUACGAAGCUCGAGAGGCGAAAGAUCGAGCUUGAGGCACAAGCUCGUGCACACAAUUCUCAGAUACUUCUUCAGAUGAUGUCUAUGGUUGCUGGAUCAUCUUUGUGCACACUUGGAGCCAGUCCUAGCUUUGGGACCGUUUCGCACACAUCUGGAGCCAGCUCCAGCUUUGGAACUGUGCCAGCAGAUGUACCUGCUACUUCAGGUAGCAUGUUCGGAUCUGAUUUCGGAAGUGACGGUCUUAGCAUUGCAGACGGUCUUGGCAUCACAAACAGUCUUGGCGAAGAAAGUGCUGUUGCUGGCUCAGAGUAUUAUUUUUUGCCCGAAUAG